GCUGCGCUUCUCUCUCUCCCUUCAGCUUCCUUAGGAUUUUGUUUCUCAGGGAUGGCCGCAUCUAUUCUGGAGGUAGGGAAUGUGAUUGAAGACGCACGCUAUGGCUCCAGUCCUCUGGCUAUGUUAACUGCUACCUGUAACAAGUUCGGCAGCACAAGCCCCAUCAGGGAUUCAGCUACACCCGGUAAGCUCGGCAGCGCUACUCCAGUAAAGAAGCAUUACAUCAUGACCUCUGACCUUCAGUCAUCUAAGAACGGGCGCACCGCAGACGGCAGCGGCCUGGCGGACUCCUACACUGGCUCCUUCACCACAGCAGGAGGAGGAGGAGGAAGCGGGUUGCUUACCCCCACUGGCAGCCCCCCUCAAUCUGCCGGAGGCUACACUUCAGAGUAUAACCCUUUCUCCCACUCCUUCCAAACCUCCAUCUCCCAGGAUCCGUCUCUUUUAGUGUCCAAGGCCCACGCUACGGUCGACUGCCUCACCAGUGUCUAUACCUCGCUGGAUAUGACACACCCCUAUGGCUCUUGGUACAAAGCAGGUGUCCACCCUGGCAUUACUGCUGCUCCAGCUAAUGCCACAUCCUCCUGGUGGGAUGUCCACCCCAACUCCAACUGGCUGUCAUCAUCUCAGAACCAGGCAGACGGCGGUCUCCAGGCCUCCCUGCAGCCUGUGGCCCCUCAGGCCUCCCUCAGCCCGCAGUUGUCCAGUUACAGCACCGACUUUACACAACUCAACCCAGCUCAGUACUCCUCUGUGGGGCUGAGCUCCUCCUCACACCUCCUCCAGCCCUCUCAGCACAUGCUGCCCCAGGACAUGUACAAGCCCAAGCCUGUGCAGAGCUCAGGGAUGAUUGAGAAUCCCAUGGGUCUAAAACCUGCGAGGGGAUCAGGGGGCUAUAGUGGAGGGGGAGCCCCCACCAGGUCCUCAUGUGACUGCCCCAAUUGCCAGGAGCUGGAGCGGCUCGGGGCCUCGGCUGCAUCCCUGAGGAAGAAGCCUGUCCACAGCUGCCACAUCCCGGGCUGUGGAAAGGUCUACGGCAAGGCGUCCCACCUCAAAGCCCAUCUGCGCUGGCACACUGGUGAGCGGCCCUUUGUUUGCAACUGGCUGUUCUGCGGGAAGCGCUUCACCCGCUCGGACGAACUGGAGAGGCACGUGCGCACCCACACACGAGAGAAGAAGUUCACAUGUCUACUGUGCAACAAGCGUUUCACACGCAGCGACCACCUCUCCAAGCACCAGAAGACCCAUGCAGAUUCUGCAAUGCAGGGAAAAGCUGUAGCUGGGGAGGGAGAGACAGACCCUCGGAGCGAGGAGACCACAGAGCUCAACACCAGCGCCGUACCCGCCAAUACUGUCGUUGACCAGAUCAGCAACGGAGAGGAGAAGACUGGCACACCUAAUGGAGUGGAGAACAGCAGUGGACUGUUGGAGAUCUGACUUCAUUAAGCCUUGGUGUACUUGUCUUUAAUGGUGGAAAAUAAAUCACCUUUUAAAUUAAAAGAAAAGACAGUAUUUUGUUUCAAGACAUUCAAAGGAUAUGUUUGAAAAGACUUGAUAUGAUAAAUGACUGAGCAUGUAACAGGUAGCAAUCACUUCAUUUUCUCUGUACCACACACAUACAUAAGAAUAUGAGCAAGCCUGUAAACAAACACCAAUGCAGGCAGACACAGAUACACAGAAAUAUAAGAAACCAAGCCAUGACGUAUAUUGAAACCCGUAUAACAUGUAUAUGUGCACAUACACAAAAUUAACUAUGAGCAAAUGUGCCGGCAUAUAUAAUGCAUAUACAGUAUAUAUGCACACACGCACACAUACACACACAAGUAAACACACUCAUGCACACAUUUUCUGCCUUUCAAAUGAGACAAACCACUAGGGAAAUUUAAUCUGCGAGAGCAGAAGGAAAAGAGCUCUGAAGCCGCAAAAGGAAAGUAGUUUUAAAAGGAGACUUAUGGUUAGGAUGAUGGAGCUGAUGGAGUAUUGCAUGCCUAGAGAAAAAUCUGAUUUACAGCUGUACUUUGAUACUUAUUCAUUAUU